AUGGGAAAUAAUUUGAGCAUUGUAACAAUUUCCUUGCUAUUGUUGCUAGCAUUCACUAAUGCUGGGCAAGUCUUUGAUGUUAAAUCAUAUGGAGGCCAACCUGAUGCUGAUAUCACCCAGGCUUUGAUGAAAGCUUGGAAAGCUGCAUGCGCAGUAGUAGGAAGUAAAGUUGUGAUUUCAACAGGGACAUACAAACUAGGUUCAGUGACUUUGUUAAGUCCAUGCAAAGGUGCUAUUGAGUUUAACCUUCAGGGCACCCUACAUGCCCCAUCAGACGUUGCCUCCUUCAAUGGUAAAGAUUUUUGGGUUUCUUUUCAACGUAUUGACAGUCUCAUUGUGUCAGGUGGUGGAGUUUUUGAUGGCAAAGGACAAAUGGCAUGGCAAAAAAAUAAUUGUGGCAAAAAGUACAAUUACAAAAUACUUCCUACCAAUAUAAGGUUCGAUUUCGUCAAAAAUUCAAUAGUCCAUGACAUUCAAUCGAAGGAUAGCAAAUUUUUCCACAUAAACCUUUUGGGAUGCAAGAACUUGCAAAUCCAACAUGUUACCAUAACUGCACCUGGAGAUAGCCCAAACACCGAUGGAAUCCACAUCGGACGUUCAUCUAAUAUCACCAUCACCAAUGCCAAUAUUGGAACAGGUGACGAUUGCAUCUCCAUUGGUGAUGGAACCCAAGAUGUUACUACAAAUCAAGUAACUUGUGGACCUGGCCAUGGUAUUAGCGUUGGAAGUCUUGGAAAGUACCAGAAUGAACAACCAGUUUUUGGAAUCAGAGUAAUUGGUGGCACCCUUAGCAGUACAAAGAAUGGUGUUAGAAUCAAAACAUGGCCUUCUUCCCCUCCUGGGAUUGCUUCUGAUAUGCAUUUCGAGAAUAUAAUCAUGAACAAUGUUGCCAAUCCUAUCUUCAUUGAUCAAUGCACAAACCAGUCUCCCUCGAAAGUUAAGAUUAGUAAUGUUAGCUUCAAGAACAUUAGAGGCACUUCUUCAACAAAGGAAGCUGUGAAGCUUAUUUGCAGUAACAGUGUACCAUGCCAACAGGUGGUGGUUGCUGACACUAAUCUCGUAUAUAAGGGACUUGGAGGAUCUACUACUUCAACUUGUGUUAAUGUCAAGCCCACCUUUACGGGUAAGCAGAAUCCUCCUACUUGUACCAUCAAACAAUACUAA